AUCAUCAUCAUCAUCAUCUAAUCACAUGAAGGUUUUGGAACGAGUUCCGAUCUCAAAACCUCCAUUCGAGUAUAGUGAUCUAAAAAACGCAAUACCAUCACACUGUUUUAAACAAUCUCUUUUUCGUUCGUUUUUUUCCGUUUUCCGAGAUGGUUUAACGAUAAGCAUCCUUUUCUAUGUUGCAUCAAACUACAUUCCUGUUCUCCCUCGAUUUAUUUCCUUCAUAGCAUGGCCUCUAUAUUGGAUUUGCCAAGGUGUUAUGUUUGGUUCUUUGUGGACCCUCGGCCAUGAGUGCGGCCAUCGUGGCUUCAGCGGUUAUUACUGGUUAGAUGAUACAGUUGGUUUUCUCCUUCAUAGUUUCAUCCUCACUCCAUACUUUUCCUUCAAAUACAGUCAUCGUCGCCAUCAUGCCCACACGAAUUCCUUGGAAUAUGAUGAGAUGCAUGUCCCCAAACACAAGUCCAAUAAUUCAUUGCUCGCUAAAAUCCUCGAUAACCCAAUCGGUGUGGCGGUCAGAAUCUUGUGUAGAGUCACUCUUGGAUACCCGUUGUACUUGAUCUUCAACCAUUCAGGACGAAAAUACGAAGGGAUGGCAAGUCAUUUAUACCCACAAAGCCCUAUCUUCAACGACAGCGAACGUGGUCUCAUUUAUUUAUCUGACCUUGGUAUUUUUGUUGUUUUAUAUGCAUAUUAUCGUAUGGUAUUGACCAAAGGGGCAAUUUGGGCAUUUUGCAUCUAUGGAGCUCCAUGGUGUAUUAUGGGUGGUAUCCUGAUCGUGUUGACUUAUUUACAGCACAGUCAUCCUUCGAUUGCUCACUUUGAUUCAACCGAGUGGAAUUGGAUUAGAGGUGCUUUAUCGACCAUCGAUAGAGAUUUAGGGUUUAUGAACAUGAUUGUUCAUGAUGUACCACGUAACCAUGUGGUGCACCAUUUGUUUCCUAGCAUUCCACAUUACCAUGCACUCGAGGCCACCGAGGCCAUCAAGCCAAUCUUAGGUGACUAUUACAAGUAUGAUGGUACUCCGAUCAUGAAGGCAUUAUGGAGAGAAAUGAAGGAGUGCAUUUAUGUUGAAUCCGAUAAUGAUCUGAAGAACACAGGCGUUUAUUGGUUCAAAAGUAUAACCAAAGAGCCAUAGGCCUAUGUAAUAUCUAGAAACCCAAUCUCCAACAAGUCAAGGUUCAAAUCUCACCAAAUAUGGGGUGUAUGUGAGUUUCAUUGGCCAUAUAUAAAUAUCGUAUACUUCAAAUGGGUACGUAUUACUUCAAAGUUGGAAUAAUUUGGGGGAGAUGAACGCCCUCGUGUCAUGCACAUCUUUAUGGUUUUUCUUUAUUGUGUUAUAAUCCUGUGUAUUUGUCAAACUUAUAUAGAACGAAUACGGGUGU